AUGGUGAAGAUUAGUGAAAUAGCACGUACUUCAACAUUUGCUUGGAGUCUGAAAAAUUUACCCUUAUUAGCAGCAGGUACAGUAGCAGGUGCAGUGGACAUCAACUUUAGUUCUUCUGCCACUUUAGAGUUAUGGGAUAUAUUUUCACCAACAAAUAAAACGGAACCAAUAUUCUCCGCCACAGUUGAUAAUAGAUUCUAUGCCUUAGCCUGGUCAAAACCGUUUGAAGGCAGACCCCAAGGGUUAUUAGCUGGUGCUUUCGAAAACGGAACAGUUGAAUUUUGGGAUGCCGAUGUUUUAAUCAAAUCAAAGGAUCUUGCUAAGGCUUCUGUUCAUAAAUCCAAUAAGCACACUGGUGCUGUCAAAUCUUUGCAAUUUAAUCCAAUUCAAAACCAUGUGUUAGUGACUGGUGGAUCAAAUGGUCAAAUUUUCAUUUGGGAUACCAAAACCUUCAGUGAGCCAUUUGCUCCUGGACAAGCAAUGACACCAAUGGAUGAAAUCACGUCUGUUUCUUGGAACAACUCAGUUAGUCAUAUUCUUGCUAGUACUGGAAAUGGGGGUUACACUUCUAUUUGGGAUUUGAAGACGAAAAGAGAGGUUUUACAUUUAUCGUACACUGGUGCUGGAGGUAGAGCUAAUUUUUCGUACGUUGCCUGGCAUCCUUCCCAGUCCACAAAGUUGAUAACUGCAAGUGAUAACGAUUCAUGUCCCCUUAUAUUGACAUGGGAUUUGAGAAAUUCUAAUGCCCCAGAAAAAAUCUUAGAAGGGCAUAAAAAGGGGGUUUUGUCCUUGGAUUGGUGUAAGCAAGAUCCAACUUUGUUGCUUUCAAGCGGUAAGGAUAAUUCAACUUUCUUGUGGAACCCAAUUGAGGGUAUCAAGUUAGGAGAGUAUCCAACUACUGCCAAUUGGGCAUUUGAAACCAAAUUUGCACCAUCAGCACCUGAUAUUUUUGCCACUGUAUCAUUUGAUGGUAAGGUGGUGGUUCAAACCAUUCAAGACACCUCGCCUUCUGUGUCAACUAAAGUUUCCUCAACGGAUGACAAUGAGUUUUGGAGUGAACUAUCAACUACUGAGACUCAACAACCUGUAUUUGACGUCAGACAAGCACCCAAUUGGCUCAAAAAUCCAAGCAAUGUUUCAUUUGGGUUUGGCUCAAAAUUGGUGAUAAUCAACACUGAUUCCAAUGGCAAAUCCGUUGUCAAGGUUGACAAAUUUGUUGCCAAGGGGCAAGAAAAAACGGAACAGUUACUUAAAGAUUUGAAAAAUGACAACUACUCGUCCCUCAUUCAAGAUAAAUUAGAAGGGGAGACCGUUAAUGACAACAACAAAUCAGACUGGGAAGUUUUGAAGCGUCUAUCUGAAACAGGUAAAGACUCGUUGUUCCAAGAUGCAAGUGACGAUGAAAGCGAAAAGGCUUCAACAGAAACCAAAAAGGAAAAUGGAGAAGAAAAUGAGGAAGAUGAUUUUUUUGAACAUUUGGGUAAUGGAGAAUCAACCAAAAAAGAAGAAGCUUUUGUUCCUGAAGGAAAUUUCAAGAUUUUCACAAAUAAUGAAAAUGAAGAUAGUAAAAAGUUGAUCAAUUUGAUUUUGCGCAACAAGACUGAGAAAGCUGUUUCAUUAUGUUUGGAGCAAAAGAAACUUGCUGAGGCUUUAGUUUUGGCUUUGGAUGGCUCAGAUGAUGUUAAGCAACAAGUGAAGAAUGCUUACUUUAAGAAGAACAAGGAGAAUAAUCUUUCUCGUGUUAUUUAUAACGCGUCUACUAAGAACGUUACCGACCUUGUUGCUCACGCUAACGUUGAGAAUUGGAAAGAAGUUGCUGUUGGUAUUAGUUCAUUUGCGACCGACUCGUCUGAGUAUAACAGCAAAAUGUCAGAGUUAGGUGAUCGUAUCUUGAAAGCUAAGGAUGGUAAAAGAAAUGAUGCUGUUGUUUGCUAUUUGGCAGGUGGGGCUUUGGAUAAAAUUUCUAAUCUUUGGUUGCAAGAAUUGCCUGAUUAUGAAUCCGAAUUAUUGAAUUUGAAAUCGGAAGAAAUAACAUCACCCUCAGAUGCUCGUCUUCAAGCCUUGACCAACUUUGUCGAGAAAGUAGCAACCUAUAGAUAUAUCACAAAAUCAACUGGUGAAUUUUCUGGACCAAUGGUUGAACCACUUGCCAAAGCAAUUUUAGAAUUUGUUAACUUGGUUGCAGGCAGCGGGGACUUUGACUUGGCUAAUAAGUUUUUGCAAUUGUUACCAAGUGAGCUUUCCGGAACUGAAAAGGAAAGAAUAUUAAAGGCAACUUCCAAAGGUGUUGAACCUUCUUCUGUUGGGAAGACAUCUGCUCAUGCAAAAAUUGCCAAACCUGCUUCUUCAAAAGGCCAAGCCAGGGUAUCGAUUAAUGCCGGUCCAACCCCAGCUUAUGCUCCUCCUGUUCAAGCUCCUCAGCCACCGUUGGUGCAACAACAACAUCAGCAGCAGCAGCAGCAGCAGCAACAACAACAACAACAACAGCAACAGCAACCUAACCGUUAUGGUUAUUCUCAACCAAAGACAAAUCCAUAUGCUCGUGCUAAUCCUUAUGCUCCAAGCAACAAUAUUUAUAAACCAGCAUCUCCGGUUGCUACACCAUCCAAUUUAGCUGGUACUACCAGUAAUGUACCUCCACCUCCACCAAAAGCAAAUUACAAGCAACAGACUGAAGGUUGGAAUGAUUUGCCAGACACGUUUAAGGCCAAGGCAGCUGCUCCUCGUAGAGCAGCUGCAGCCGCUAACACGCCAGUAUCUACUCCUACUCCUGCUCCUGCUCCUGCUUUCGCGUCUCCUGGACAAGUAUCAUCAGUUCCAAGUCAACCGGGAAGUGUUGGAUCAGCUUCAUCUGUUGGUUACCCUAAGAAAACAUUCUCAGCAACAAAUGUUGUCCCACCUCCACCUAAAAGUAUGAGCCGUACUACCUCGAGAACAACUGUUCCAACCGUUCCAGCGUCACCUAAACCCACACCUGUUUCAAAUAAGUAUGCACCUGCCGUUAGUUCGGAUGCUCCGCAACCUCCAUCAUCAGGAUUUGCAUCUCCAACUUUGAAUUCAUCUCCUCGUUUAGCUAAGAAUCCUUAUGCUCCAAAUGUCACAGAGCAACUACCACCAAAGAUCUCGUAUGCUACGCCUCCGGCUCACCAUUUGGCAAAUAAUGGACCUUCAACUCCUUCAUAUGCACCACCAAAGAAUCCAUAUGCAGUUCCUCCAAGCACAUCAGUCUCUCACGCUGGUAUUGCUCCACCUCCACCGCCACCUAAGUUAGGCUCUGCUGCCCCACCACCACAACCUUUUGGGUCAAGCAUGUCAAUGCCUGUACAACCUGCUUUCAAUGGAGUUCCACCUCCUCCUCCAGUUGGUCGUACUGUUUCUUCUCCAGCGGCUGCCAAAAUUGAGCAACCGCCAGCAAGAGAACCAGACUUGCCAGUUAAGUCAAAACAUCCAAAGGGCGAUAGAACCCAUAUUCCAGAAAACUCGUUGCCAAUUUACACAUCUUUGACCAACGUACUUGAGGCUAUAAAGCCAAAUAUACCAGAGAAGUAUGCUAAACAUGGUACUGAUAUGGAACAAAGACUCGAUAUCUUAUUUGAUCAUUUGAACAAUGAAGAAAUCUCAAACGGGGUUGUUGAGUUACUUUUAAAGGUUGCUACUAGUUUGGAAUCCAAAGAUUUUGCAAAUGCUACAACAGUUAACCUUCAAAUUGCUACUGAGCACAGUGACGAAAUUGGAAAUUGGCAUACAGGACUCAAGCGUCUCAUUACUAUGGCAGAAGCAAUGUACUAA